CCCAGAGCGCUACAUUCAGCCUUCAUCAUCACUCUCUCCACUCGACCACUAGCUCAGAUCGAGGAAGGCUGCGCGAGCCAAGAAGCUACCGGUACGCGUGCACCAAGCAAGUGCCAUGGCGAAGCAGGCGGUGGCGAUGCUCGUGGCCCUAGCGCUGGUCGUGGCGGCGGCGAUGAGCGCCGGCGGUGCGUCGGCGGUGCAGUGCAACCCGGCGCAGCUGGUGGUGUGCGCGCCGGCGGUCAUCAACGGGUCGCCGCCCACGGCGUCCUGCUGCUCCAACCUGCGCGCGCAGGAGUCAUGCUUCUGCGAGUACGCGCACAACCCGGCGUUCCGCAAGUACAUCGACAGCCCCAACGCCGGCCGCACGCUCACCUCCUGCGGCAUCCCCAUCCCGGACUGCUAGGCGACCGGCCGGCGGUCGCGCGUUGUGUGUCGUGCGGCUGCGGCGUAUGAAUAAAUUAGAGUUGUGAAAUCAGUUCUAUAGAGAUGCAUUUGUGCCUGUCGAUCGGUCUAGUAUUAUCGUACUGUAUUUGUACUAUCUCGAAAUAUGGACAAUAUUACCAAGAGUGAUGGUGUA